GUGGGACCACAGCCGCAGAAGUAUGAAGAUUAUACGGCGGUUGAGCUCCAGCAGCUCAUUGACAUCGCUACGAAGCAUAAUGACAUGGUCAAUGUGGGCUUCUACAAGUCGGCCCUGGGGCGGCGCCAGGCGGCUGAUGCUCAUCAGGCGCUCAAGAUCACUGAACGUAGGCUCGAGAAGGUAUUGGAUGAGUUGGACUCGGACCGUGAUUGGGUUGCGAAGAAGCAUGCUGAUGUGGUCAAGCUCCAGGCUGAGUUGGCUGAGAAAGACCGUAUCCACGCUGAUCUUAUCGGACAACUACAUUCUACCGCGUGCAAGCCUCAGCAACAAUCCCCCAGCACGCCGACCCAGAUCAACGUCCGCGACUUGCUCGUGGGUCGGCUAUCGGAGAUCAGCAUUGUUGGUGGUGAUGAGCUGCUGGGAGUACCGUCUGCAGAAUAUGACUUCAGUACAGAAGGCAUCCAUUUGUUGCAGUCCAAGCAGAAGGAGCUGCUCGCUGGCGCGCAGGCGCUCGCCAGCACGUUGUACUCUGACUUGGUCAAGACGCUCGGUGAGGCAAAGAAGGCGGUGGUGCCGUUGCCGGACGUGCUUCAGCAGCUGACGGACGUGCCGUUGCUGCCGAAGGCGCAGGUGUUCCCGCUGCUGCCGCUGCGGCUUCGGAAGCUCCCCAAGAUGCUGAAGCUGCAGCUUCACUUCGCGAGCGCGCCGCGC